AUGUUCCAGACCGAUAUGGUUGAGAUAAUCAUCCCAUGUGGAACUACAAAUGACAAGAAAAGAAUUGAUCGACACUAUGCCAUUGAGAGCUUUUCCGCUUUCGGGAAUGUUUGCAUGACGCAGCUCGGUCUAUUGGUCGAGUCGCUCAGUACCCUGUUCAUAAAGUGGCUGCCUUGUUGUGAUGAAGACGGCUUUCUUGCAUAUGUUGCGGGAAGGAUGGGGCUUGCCUUGCAUGACAGACCCGUUUUCUUUGUUAGUAGCGGUGAGACGACCAACGAGAUCGAUAUAAUUUUGAUGGGUAUGGAGUGGAAGGCCUGUGUAACCCACAACGUGGAAGUCGAUAGUAAUUUGUCCUGA